AUGUCUAAUAUUCGGAAAAAAUUAAUACAAGCAGUACUUAGUAGAGCAUUUACAUUAAUUGAAUAUAAUAUUUACGUUAACUUUCAUGAACAAACCGAAUUUUAUAAAAAAUUCGUUCUUGCUGAUAAUUCUCUUACAGAAGAAGAAAAAACUGAAGCAAUAAGAAUAAUUAAUAAAGAUCAUGACCGAAAUAAAAUUAAAAAUAAUAAUGGAACAAGAAGGGUUUGUGAAAAUUGUAACCAAAAGUGUUUAGCUACAUUAUAUUGUGAAUAUUGUGUUCGAAAUUAUUUAAAAUAUAAUUUUUCAAAUUGGACUUCUGGAAAUAAUGUUAUUGAUAAUUUAAUAAAAAAUUGUCAAAUGGAAACACUUGUGCCAAAUAUUAUUAUUGAAUGGAUUCCAUAUAAUAAUUUAGAAAAUAUUAAAUAUCUGACAAAAGGUGGAUUCUCAGAGAUUUAUACAGCUAAGUGGAUUGAUGGAAGAUAUAAAGAAUGGAAUUCUAAGGAAAAGCAAUUAAAAAGAUCUAAAACUUUUACAGUAAUACUUAAAGAAUUAAAAAAUGUUGAAAAUGCAAGUCAAAGUUGGUUUGAAGAGGCUAAAUCACAUUUAACUUUAAGCAACAAACUUACAUCUAUUGUUCAAUGUUUUGGUUUAACACAAAAUCCAUCAAAUGGAAAUUAUUUACUUUUUAAUGAUGGUUGGCGGAUUAGUGAUCUUGGAUUUUGUGGUCCUGCAGACAAUCCAUCAACAAGUAUAUAUGGAAAUCUUCCUUAUAUUGCUCCUGAAGUUAUUAACGGAAAAGGUUAUACUUUUAGAUCUGAUAUUUAUAGUAUUGCAAUGCUCAUGUGGGAAAUUUCAUUUGGACAUCCUCCAUUUAUGAAUUAUGAACAUGAUUAUAUUCUUGCAAUUAAUAUCAUUGAUGGUAUAAGACCAAAAAUUUUAUCAGAAAUUCCUUUGAAAUAUAAAAGUUUAAUGGAGCAAUGUUGGGAUGCUAACCCACUAAAAAGACCUGAUGCUAAGACACUUAAUAAAAAAAUUAAUGAAAUUAAAUCAUAUUAUCAAAAUAAUUCAAAUGAAUUACCUCAAUUAAUAACAAAGUUAGAUAAAAAAACAAGCAAUAUUUUAAGUAGUAAACCAUUUACAAGUAAGGUUCAUAAAUUUGAAAAUCUACCUGAACCAAAAAAUGCAACAGAAGAAGAACAAAAAGCAUUUUAUAUCAGUAGAUCAUAUGAUUUUAGUCUUUCUGAUAAUACUAGUAAUCCUAGUAAAUCAAGUAGAAUUAAUUUUAAAGAUAAUGAUAGUAAAGAAUCAUCCAGAUUAUUUAAAAAAUUGAAAAUGGAGAAUGUAGAAGAACAAAAUGAUUAUGAGAGAGAAACAAUGCAACAACGAUCAAAUAUUAGUAUUAAUGAUGAAGUACAAGAUAAUCCAAAUCUUCAUUCAGAAGAAAAAGAUAAAACUCCCAAUGACGGAUUUUAA